AUGAAGGAUGUUCUGAACUACAAUAAACAUUGGAUGGAUCCAGGAUUGUUUGAAGUCACUGUCAUUAUUACAUUCAGCAGUUGUUUCAAUGUGUCUGAAGUAGUAAAUGACCAUUUAAAUGACCUGGAUGUGUGGUUGGUUUUAUAUGAAUCUUUAAGGGUAGAAGAGUUGACUCUAUUCCAAAAUCUGUCCCUGAUCCAUGAUCACAUUCAUCUCCCAGAUCGGCUCCUUCAGCACUUUUCCUACCUGGAAGAAGAGGACUCUGGGCUUGGGUCCAGCUCACAUGGGAAAUGCUCUCUGAGAGUCAUGGACCUCCUGUGCAAGAACAUGAAGCACCUGUGGUUCUUCCUCCUCCUGGUGGCAGCUCCCAGAUGGGUCCUGUCCCAGGUGCAGCUGCAGGAGUCGGGCCCAGGACUGGUGAAGCCUUCGGAGACCCUGUCCCUCACCUGCGCUGUCUCUGGUUACUCCAUCAGCAGUGGUUACUACUGGGGCUGGAUCCGUCAGCCCCCAGGGAAGGGACUGGAGUAUAUUGGGUAUAUCAGUGGUAGUAGUGGGAGCACCUACUACAACCCCUCCCUCAAGAGUCGAGUCACCAUUUCAAAAGACACGUCCAAGAACCAGUUCUCCCUGAAGCUGAGCUCUGUGACCGCCGCGGACACGGCCUGUAUUACUGUGCGAGACACACAGUGA